CUCUCCAUUUCAUUCUUCAAUCUUUUUCUUAUAUUUUAUUCAUCCAAUUCCAGAGUAGUGUUAUCAACAAAAGUGUGUUGUAGCAAUCCCCCAUAAGUAUCACAUAACACAUUCCCUCUCUCUCUCAAGAUUCUUAACUUGUCUCCCUAACAAGCAAACCCCACACCCAUCUUAAUAUAAACUCACUUGAUUGCAAGGGAGAUUGGAAAAACAAAAAACAUAGCAAUGGGGGGUUCUAGCCCACACUACACCCCUCUCUCAAAACCAACAGUAACCACCGGCGGAAUCUCAUUAUUGAAGCGAUCCAAACUAUACCCUCUCGCCCUCCUCACCGUCCUCUGCUCCCUCUCCUACCUCUUCGGCGCCUGGCACAACGCCGUCCCCGCCACCCCCACCGUCAACUGCUUCACCGCCAACGCCACCACCCUUGAGCCCCAGCCCCAACCCGACCAAUCCAACGUACCACAAAAGCUCGACUUCGCCACCCACCACACGGCCGAAAACGACGUCGCUUUGAGCGGCAGCGACGUCGUCAAGGCGUUCCCGCCAUGCGAUGUGAGAUACAGCGAGUACACGCCGUGCGAGGACCAGGCGAGGUCGCUGAGGUUCGACCGGAGCAGGCUGAUAUACCGGGAGCGGCACUGCCCGGAGAAGAAGGAGCUCCUCAAGUGCCGCAUCCCGGCGCCGCACGGCUACCAGAACCCCUUCAAGUGGCCGCUCAGCCGCGACCUCGCCUGGUACGCCAACGUCCCGCACAAGGACCUCACCGUCGAGAAGGCCGUCCAGAACUGGAUCCGCUUCGAGGGCGACCGCUUCCGCUUCCCCGGCGGCGGCACCAUGUUCCCCAACGGCGCCGAUGCCUACAUCGACGACAUCGGAAAGCUCAUCAAUCUUAAAGACGGCUCCAUCCGGACCGCCAUCGACACUGGCUGCGGGGUUGCAAGCUGGGGAGCUUAUCUUCUGUCACGGAACAUAGUGACGAUGUCGUUUGCACCGAGAGAUACACAUGAAGCACAGGUGCAGUUUGCUCUGGAGCGCGGGGUUCCUGCUCUGAUUGGUGUCAUUGCCUCCAAGAGGCUCCCUUACCCCUCACGAGCCUUCGACAUGGCUCAUUGCUCGCGCUGCCUAAUCCCAUGGGGCCAACAUGAUGGGGCAUACUUGAUGGAGGUCGACCGGGUUUUGAGGCCGGGUGGAUACUGGAUCCUCUCGGGCCCACCAAUCAACUGGAAGAAACACUGGAGAGGGUGGGAGAGGACAAUGGAUGAUCUCAAUGCGGAGCAGAUGCAGAUUGAGAAUGUUACAAGGAGUUUAUGCUGGAAUAAAUUGGUUGAGAGAAGUGACAUCUCCAUAUGGCAGAAGCCUCUCAAUCAUUUGAGUUGCAAGAAAUCCAAGAAGAGCUCUUUGUUUUGCCCUGUAGAGGAUCCGGACAAAGCCUGGUAUACGACCUUGGAGACGUGCCUGACCCCGUUGCCUGAGGUGUCGGAUGCAGGGGAAGUAGCAGGAGGCGAGGUGGAGAAAUGGCCGCGUAGAUUGAGAGCUGUGCCUCCCAGGAUUAGCAGGGGGAGUGUUGAUGGGGUUACACCUGAGAUAUUCCAAAAAGAUACAGAGCUAUGGCGUAAGCGAGUUGCUUAUUACAAGAACAUCAACAACCAGCUUGGGAAGGCUGGGAGAUACCGUAACGUCCUUGACAUGAAUGCCUUCUUGGGUGGAUUCGCUGCUAGUUUGGUCCAAGAUCCACUUUGGGUGAUGAACAUUGUCCCUGUCGAGGCUAAGGCCAACACGCUAGGCGCCAUCUACGAGCGAGGACUGGUUGGGACUUACCAGAGCUGGUGUGAAGCCAUGUCGACUUAUCCUAGAACGUACGAUCUCAUUCAUGCUGAUUCGGUUUUCAGCCUAUACCAGGAUAGGUGUGAGAUAGAAGAUAUAAUGUUGGAAAUGGAUCGGAUAUUGAGACCCGAAGGAGGCUUGAUCAUUCGAGACGAUGUGGAUGUGUUGUUGAAGGUGAAGAGGAUUGCAGAUGCAUUGAGUUGGGAUAGUAGGAUUGUGGAUCAUGAAGAUGGGCCAUUGGAGAGAGAGAAGCUUCUGUUUGGAGUCAAGUUGUAUUGGACAGCCCCAGCUCAGAGUUGAACUUUGAUCUAAAGCCUCUUAGUUGAACUUUGAUCUAUACUUUCUUACAUGAUUAUUACUUCAUUUGUUGUCUUUUUUUUUUAUUUACAACUGAAAGAGAAUUGUUCAGUUUUUGCUUUGCACUCAA